UUAACGCCCAGGAAAAUCGAUACUAUGGAACCCGUUUAUCCAGCCGCACCACUGGAGAUGCAGAAGGGCACGGCAGGAGAUGCGCUGGCCGAGCAUCAGCAGCUGCUGACAACACCACGAUCACCGCCGAGCUACGAUCAGGCCACAGCCUCGCCAGCGCUCACCACGGGCCCAGCAGCGACUCCAGCUCCAGCUCCAGGUGCAGCUCCAGCUACAGUGCGGCAUACAGUGGUGGUGGUUCCUGGCUCCAUCUACGGACCGGAGCCCAUGGACAUACAGUGUCCGUACUGCCACAAUUAUGCGCGCACCCGCGUCUCCUAUCGGCCCAACUCACGCACACAUCUAAUAGCCCUGGUGCUGUGUUUGUUCCAACUGUACUGCUGUGUGUGCCUGCCUUACUGCAUUGCCAGUUGCAUGAACACCACUCACAACUGUGGCAUGUGCGACCACUACCUGGGCACCUACCAGCGUAAAUGAGAUCCGGAUUUGGGCUUCUUUUAUCUGUUUCCAUCUGCACCUAGAUAAUAAACUGUUGUUGGUCUUUGACCUGUA